GGAGGAAUGUGGGAGGGCUUGGGGCUGGGACCUUGGGGCUAAAAGUGUCAGGGGACAGCCCAUUGAUGGGAGCCCUGUGGACGGGACUCUGAGAAGAGCCACUGAGUCUGUGGCUGUGGCCGGGAAUUACUCCCUCCUCACAAGUUGAUACUGGGGGAGAUUUUCUAGGGUGCUGGUGAGAGCCUUUGCCCAAUUGCCUGGAUCUGGUGGUCAGACUUGGGAAGUAGGGCAGGGCUAGGCAGUUAGCAUGCCCAGAGUGCUCCUGUGCCCCCUUGGCCACCCCCGCGUGGCUCCUCACCCUCAGAGCCACAGCACUAGCAUCCUGAGAAUGACCAGUGGGCCACAUGCAGUUUCCAUCCCACCUACUGACUUCCUGAUGUCUAGAAUGAAAGAUGUCAAGACAUUCUUUUGUUCCAACAGGCGUUUGUUCAGGAGAGAGUGGGGGGGAUGGUCUGGGAAGUAGGGAGGGAACCCUAAAAGGCAGAGGUGGCUCAGCCUUGGUUUGAGGGGAUCUUGGCUUUCCCCUGUAAUCUGUUUCCCAAAAUACCAUCUCUGAGCCUGGAGAGAGGUUGGGAUAGGAAUGCAGGGACUGGCCAGGAUACCUAUGUGGGGUCCCCAGGAGGGGACCAACUUAUUCAGAGAGUGGACGGCAUCCUCGUUAGGGGGUGGGAUGUUGAUUUACUGGGAAGGCAGAAGGGUGGCAGGCUCUGGGACCCCUGCGGUGGGGAGAGAGAAAUUUGUGUGUGGGCAGGCUGCCCCACCCGGGUAAUUGCCACUGAGGUUUCCGGGGCUGAGACCUAAGACACAGGAAUCUGUGUGCGCACGCAUAAGACACACUAACACUGAAUGAUGGAGAGAGACAGAUAGCCCUCUGUCCUUUCAUGGUCCCUUUAGGCUCCGGUCUACGACGGGGGCUUUUUCUGGCACUGCCGAAGCUCCCAGCCCCCUGUCCUUGUUAAAGCUGCCCAGGUUGGGUGAGGGGAGGGAGGAGAAGUGGGGGUGAGUAAUCUGACUCUUCUGAUUGAUUCUGUGAAAGCGAUUUCGGGGGCGGGAAUGAAGACACAGCUGGGUAUGUCAUUGUGGCUCAGGGCCAGAGGCAGGAUGAACAGGACAUCUGGAGAGAAACACAAGGUAGAAGAUACCCUUGGGCCACCACACACACGGAUGGAAACUUCAUUUCAGAACCCCACAUUCAGGAGAGGGAUGGACAGGCUUGGGCCAACACGGCCAGGGUGCGGUUUCUUCCCUCGGCCAACCACUUCAGCCCUUGACCUGGUGACUGAUCCUGCCUCCCUCCCUUCUACCCUCCCUCUCCCAGGUCUCUGCUCCCCCUUCAACUUGGACGCUAGUCAUCCCCGACUAUUUCCAGGACCACCAGAGGCUGAGUUUGGAUACAGUGUCUUGCAGCAUGUGGGGGGAGGACGUCGAUGGAUGUUGGUGGGUGCCCCUUGGGAUGGACCUUCAGGGGACAGGAGAGGAGAUGUGUAUCUCUGCCCUGUGGAGGAACGGCCUAAUGCCUCAUGUGCCAAGGGCCACCUGGGUGACUAUCCACUAGGAAACUCAUCAAGUCGGGCUGUGAACAUGCAUCUUGGGAUGUCGCUGCUGAAAACAGAUGCGGAUGGCGGGUUCAUGGCCUGUGCUCCGCUGUGGUCUCGUGCCUGUGGUACCUCAGUGUUCAGCUCUGGGAUCUGUGCCCAAGUGGAUGCCUCCUUCCGGCCCCGGGGAAGCUUAGCUCCUACUGCCCAGCGCUGCCCUACAUACAUGGAUGUGGUCAUUGUCCUGGAUGGUUCCAACAGCAUCUACCCCUGGACUGAGGUUCAGACGUUCCUGCGCAGACUGGUGGGGAGGCUGUUCAUAGACCCUGAACAGAUUCAGGUUGGGCUGGUUCAGUAUGGGGAAACUGCUGUCCACGAAUGGUCACUUGGGGACUUCCGGACCAAGGAAGAGGUCGUGAGGGCUGCAAGGAACCUGAGCCGGAGGGAAGGACGAGAAACCCACACUGCGCAGGCAAUAAUGGUGGCUUGCACAGAAGGAUUCAGUCCUUCCCAAGGGGGCCGGCCAGAGGCUGCCCGGUUGCUAGUAGUUGUCACAGAUGGGGAAUCGCAUGAUGGGGAGGAGCUUCCAGCAGCACUCAAGGCCUGUGAGGCUGGCAGAGUGACCCGAUAUGGAAUUGCGGUCCUGGGUCACUACAUCCGAAGGCAGCGUGAUCCCAGCUCCUUCCUUCGGGAAAUCAGGACCAUUGCUAGUGAUCCAGAUGAGAGAUUCUUCUUCAAUGUCACUGACGAGGCUGCACUGACUGACAUUGUGGAUGCCCUGGGGGACCGGAUCUUUGGACUGGAGGGUUCCCAUGGGGAGAAUGAAAGCUCCUUUGGACUAGAGAUGUCUCAGAUUGGCUUCUCUACUCAUCAGCUAAAGGAUGGGAUCCUCUUUGGAAUGGUGGGGGCCUAUGACUGGGGAGGCUCAGUGCUGUGGCUAAAGGAGGGCCACCGUCUCUUUCCCCCCCGGACUGCCCUGGAGGAUGAAUUCCCUACUGCUCUGCAGAAUCAUGCUGCUUUUCUAGGUUACUCGGUUUCCUCCCUGAGCCUCCUGGGUGGACGACGCUUGUUUCUCUCAGGAGCCCCUCGUUUUAAACAUCGUGGAAAAGUCAUCGCUUUCCAGCUCAGGAAAGAUGGGACUAUGAACGUUGCCCAGAGCCUUCAGGGGGAGCAGAUUGGCUCCUACUUUGGCAGUGAACUCUGCCCCUUGGACACGGAUGGUGAUGGGGUGACAGACAUUCUGCUCGUGGCUGCCCCUAUGUACCUGGGACCUCAGAACCGAGAGACUGGACGAGUAUAUGUCUACCUGGUGGGCCAGUCCAUGCUGAGCUUCUGGAGGACACUACAGCCAGAGCCACCCCAGGAUUCCCGUUUUGGCUUUGCGAUGGGUGCCCUGCCUGACCUAAACCAGGACGGCUUUGCAGAUGUGGCUGUGGGGGCGCCCCUAGAAGAUGGACACCGAGGAGCUCUCUACCUCUAUCAUGGGAGCCAGGGGGGCAUCCGGCCCCGUCCUGCGCAGCGCAUUUCAGCUGCCUCCAUGUCUCAGCCGCUCAGCUACUUUGGUCGCAGCGUGGAUGGACGACUGGACCUGGACGGGGACGAGCUGGUGGACGUGGCCGUGGGGGCGCAGGGGGCCGCCGUGCUGCUCAGCUCCCGACCCAUCGUCCGGCUGGCUCCGUCCCUGGCCGUGACCCCUCCGGCCAUCAGUGUCGUCCAGCGGGACUGCCGCCGACACGGCCAGGAGGCCGCCUGCCUGACCGCCGACCUCUGCUUCCGAGUGACCUCCCAAACCCCGGGGCGCUGGAAUCGCCGCUUCUAUAUCCGAUUCUCCGCCUCGCUGGACGAACGGACAGCCGGGGCCCGGGCGGCGUUCGACGGCUUUGGCCAGAGGCUGCCGGCGCGGCGGCUCGGCGUCAGCGUGGGGAACGUCACGUGUCAGCAGCUGCACUUCCACGUGCUGGAUGCGUCCGACUACCUCCGGCCGGUGGCCCUCGCCGUCACCUUCGAGCUGGACAACAGCACAAAGCCAGGGCCUGUGCUGGCCCAGGACGCCCCGACUUCCCUUCGAAAGCUGGUCCCCUUCUCAAAGGACUGCGGCCCUGAUAACGAAUGCCAUACCGACCUGGUACUGCGGGUGGACAUGGACAUCAAGGGCUCCAGGAAAAAGCCCUUUGUGGUUCGAGGAGGGCGGCGGAAGGUGCUCGUGUCAGCGGCGCUCGAGAACACAAAGGAAAAUGCCUACCACACGAACUUGAGCCUCAGUUUCUCCAAAAGCCUCCACCUGACUAGCCUCACCCCUCAGAAGGACGCCGCCGUGAAGGUGGAGUGUGCAGCGACGUCCUCCCACGGUCAGCUCUGCAGCGUGGGGCACCCGGUUUUCCAGACGGGGGCCAGGGUGACCCUCGCCCUGGAGUUCGAGUUCAGCUGCUCGGCUAUCCUGGGCCAAGCCCUGGUGAGGCUGGCUGCGUCCAGCGACAGCCUGGAGCCCGACGAGACCCUGCACGAUAACGUGGCCCAGGCCGCUGCCUACCUCCGCUACGAGCCCGAGCUCCUGGUCUCCAGCGAGUCCACGCUGCACCGAUACGAGGUUCACCCAUACGGGGUCCUCCCCGAGAGUCCUGGCCCCGAGUUCAAAACCACCCUCAGGGUACAGAACCUUGGCUGCUAUUCCCUCCCUGGCCUCGUGGUUUCUGCCUUCUUCCCUGCCAUGGCCCAUGGGGGUAGCUACUUCCUGUCCUUGUCCCAGAUUAUCACCUACAAUGCCAGCUGCACUGUGCAGAACCUGACGGAGCCCUCGACGGCGCCAAUGCACUCGGAGGACCUGCGGCACACCAGCCAGCUGAAUGGCAGUAACACCUGGCGCCAGGCAGUGCGGUGCCACCUCGGACACCUGCCCCGGGGGACCGAGAUCUCUGUGCAAUUCCUGAGGCUCAUCCACGAUGAGUUCUUCCGAAGGGCCAAGUUCAAAUCGGUCACUGUGGUCAGCAGCUUUAAACUUGGGGUGGAGGAGGGCAGUGUCCUGCAGCUGACAGAGGCCGCCCAGGGAAGUGAGAGCCUCCUAGAGAUAAUCCAGGCCCGCCAUGUUCCUGUCUCCUUGUGGAUCCUUGUUGGCAGUGUCCUAGGAGGGCUCUUGCUGUUGGCCCUCAUUGUUUUCUGCCUCUGGAAGCUUGGAUUCUUUGCCCGAAAGAAAGCGCCUGAAGAAGAUGGAGAUGAGAAAGUGGAUCAAUGAGGCUGGCGGAAGGCCCACGUGUGCCUCUUCUAUGGGGGUCCCUGAGACUUGGAGAGCGGCAGGGGGAAAGGGGCUGGCUGGGACAAAGGGAGGCCCCGGCCCUCUCCUCCAGACUCUAGCCCAGGCUGACUCCUGUGCCUUUGGGAGGCUUCUGUGAAGACGAGGCCCAGCCUCAGCCAAGAAUAACCCAGGCCACCCUUCAGCCUCCCAGCCCAUCCGCCUCUCUGGCGAGCCUGCUCUGGGGCCUGCACCAAGGCCUUUGUUGGGCCACCCCAUUCCCAGGAGGUUCCCUGGAGAGAAGAGGCUUGUGGCCAGCCCUCUGGCCAGGCUGAGACCUCCCGCCCUCUUCCUCUCCCCCUUUGGAAGCCUUGGAGCUUGGCCUCCUCCUGGUCUCCACCCCUCGCCUCCUGCCCUCCUACCGGACAGCCCACAGGAGGGAGCUGACGUGGGCUUCCUGAAGCAAAGUCAACAUCUGCUGCUUUCCUGUGGAGUCGGUGAUUCAGAGAGCGGGGUGGGGAGAGUCAACAGGAAGAAAGGAGGGAGGGGAAGCCACAGGAGACAUUCUGUGCGAGCCGAGGAACAGAGGAGCCUUUAGACCGGCCGCUUGGCACCCCCGAAACCCGAGCCAGCCUCCAGGCCCUCAGGUGCUGCCCCUCUGCCUGGCUUGCCUCUGCUUUCUGGGGGCCAGGAGCCUCCGCGUGGCUGUCUCUGGGAUCGCCAGGCCGCCUGGGGGAGGCCGUGCACCCACAUCACCUCCCUGCCUCCCUUACGGGGCCAUCGAGGAAUGGCUCCUUGGGCCCAUGCUAGAGGGCAGGGAGCACCCCUGGAUGGAGCGGUGGGGUCUGAACCCCCAGGGAGAAGCAGAAGUGGGUGGAGUGAAGUCACCUGGAAGCAAGCCCUCACUCGCUCUGGGCGUGUUGUUUGUGCAGCCUAGUUUUCUCCUUGGGAAAGGUUUCCAGGGCUCCCAGGCUACCCAGCCUCCAGGCCCCACUGUGCCUCAGCGCCUCUGCUCCAGGGAGCCUGCUCGCAUUCUCCGAGCUCCUCCAGAGAUCCCCAAACUCGUCUUUCAUCCCCCGAAUCCUCCUCGGCGUGUUUCCUCCCACAAGCAAGCCACAGGGUAACUCCGGAGACCCCCUAAAUGGGUCUCCGUGUGGCUCCACCUCCUUCACCCACUCCCACCCCAUUUAGAAAUUGAAGGGAAGAUAGAAGAUGUCGGCAGCCCCAAAGGGUCUCCUGGAGGGGCGGCAGGACUCCUGGGGGUCUGCCCUCCAGCUUCCUCUGACCAUCCGCCAUAGCGCAGAGAGGACCAUCCCCUUGGUCAGUAGUUCUGCUUCUCCACCUGAUCUGGGCUACCCGUCCUUCUCGGUGUCUGGGCUUCAUUUGAUGGAAGCAAAUAAAGUUGUGUUCAGUUCA